AUGGAGACGAGGAAAGAAUUGUACAUGUCAAGUUACCAGCUCCACGGGACGGAAAGUAAUGGCCAAGAAGUGUCCGCGUACACAACUAGACCAGACCUGAUUUCCUCAAAAUGGUACGACUCAACCAGAUGGAGUCAAACCAGGGGGCCCAGCAUCUUUUGA